AUGACUGCAGUGAGAAACCCUUGGCUCUUUAUAAGUCACAAGCGUCACAUUAUAGAUUUUGAUGACGUCUUAAAUGAGGAGGCGUCUCAGAGAGAUGUUUAUGAGUCAACAACAAAGUCUCUGGUGGAGUAUCUAAUCCAGGGUUAUAAUGGCUGUGUAAUUGUCUAUGGCUCUCCGGGCAGUGGUAAAACUCACACCAUGCAGGGAUGCAGCGUUUCAGCCAAGCACAGAGGAAUCAUCAGUCGCGCUGCUGAGGACAUCUUCAACUCCCCCAACGCAUCUCACUGCAAAAUCAGAGUGUCAUUCUACCACAUCUUUAAUGAGAAGAUUUAUGACCUAUUGGAUCCAAAGGGCAGUGAGGUGAUCUGGGUGCGUGACUGUGAGGAGGUGGUGCGUCUUGAUGGAUUGACGGAGGUGGAUGUCAGCUCCGCCCACGAUCUGCUACAGGUGCAUCGCAGAGGCUCCGCCCUCAGACACACAGGGAUCUCAAAGGGAGAUUUUCCAAGCCGGUCCCACAUGGUAUUUAACAUUGUGGUCAUUAACACUAUGUCUCAAGCCCCUGAGGGAGUUUUGACAGCCAGCAAACUCACUCUGGUGGAUCUGGCAAGCUCGGGAAAAUGUCGCGCUUCUGUGGUUCCUGACAUGAAGAGAACUUUCAAUGCCACAAAUGAAAACCCGCAAGAGACCAAGAUGCUGAAACGCUCCCUCACCAUAUUCGGAAAUGUGAUUUUUGCCCUCGGUUCUGCAGGAUCCCAGCAUGUCCCAUACAGAGAAUCAAAGUUGACCCGAGCACUAAGGGACUGUUUAGGGGGGAACUGCCGGACAUGUUUAGUGGUCACAGUGUCAUCUCAGUCAUCGUCAGUAUCUGAAACUCUCAGUUCUCUUCAGUUUGCCUCUAGAGCCAUGGCUGUUCCUUGCCGACCCAUAUUCCCAUCUCAGUUACAUUACACACCAGAACAGGUAUGCGCAUAUCUAAACGGGAAGAAGGACAUUAAUCAUCUGAACAGACAGCAGAUUUUACCGCCGGUUGGAUUUGACAGAAGGCCACAGACAUGCUUGCUUCCGGUGCUUUUGAGUUCAUUCAGUCCCACAGAACCUAAACUCGGCUCAAGUCACUGUGCGGAUGGACUCGAGCUCAAAACCUUUCUCCCCCAGCUGGAGAAACCAGGCCAAGCUGACCCACCAGGUCAUUACAGCCGCAGCUCUCGACCUGGAGAUGAGAAGAACAGAACUGAUGGUAGGAUGACCCGCUCACUGUCUCGUUGCCUGUCUAGUGCAGUUCUCCAUGAUACUGGAGGGAGAGACAGAACUGGAAAGACAUUGGAGUUUUCAUCUGCACAGCGGCGGUCUGUUGAACGUCUCUCCACAUCUUCUCUUGAACCUGUUUCAUCUCCUUCAGCAGCUGUGGAGUGUCCAAACUGCACCCACGAGCGGAAGAUCAGAGAGGAAUACGACAAGAUCAUCGUUCAGGCAACGAGAGACAAAGACUCACUUAGUCAAAAAGUAGCAGAACUGGAGGAUGAGUUGAGGAAGAGAGAAACUCAGGAGAGAGAAGAGGCGAUAUGCUGGAAGAAGAAACAAAGGGAGGAAGAAUCCACCAGCAGCACAUCUGAAGAUCAAGGAAUAUUCCAGACUGCUGAGUUGUGUUUGCAAACAGAAGCAGCAGGUCUGAGAGCAGAGCUGAGCGUGUGUCAUGAAAGAGAGAGAGUGCUGAACUCUGACAGGGACAGACUGAGCCGGGACGUCCAGGACCUGCUCACACAGAUCAACUGCACCACAGAGACAAACAGCCAGAUUGUGUCAACCCUAAACAACCAGCGGGAGAGCUUGUUGGCUGAACUGCAGACCAGCAGAGAGGAGCUUGAGAGAUUUCGAGAGAGUGUGUCUCUGACCCUCAGCCAGCUCAAGACUGAAAAGACAGAACUGAUGUCACGAUUAGAGGAAGCAAGUAGUUCCUAUGAAAAGGUGUGCAUGGAAAAUGCUGCUUUGAGACAGAAGCUAAAGUCAUUUUUGCUGGAGAUCAACUCAGCUCCCUUCAUAGGCUCCAGCAGUCCAGAUACAAACCCUCCACACACAGUCACAAGCAACACAGAGAUGAUCGUCGUAUCACACCACGUGUCUCAGCAGCAUCCAGCAGCUGGCACAAAAGGAAGCGAGUGUUGCUUCAGUCAGGAUGGAGGGUUUCAGCAUCCUGAGGAGGGGUUUACUGAGAAAUCUCAAGCCAAAAACGACAGCAACUGUGAACAGCUUCUUUAUAAACCCCCCAACCUCUACAAACAGCUGCGGAGGGAGCACAGUCUGCUGCUGGACGUGAUGCUGGUGCUGUACAGGAGAGAGUGGUUUCUGCAGGACGCCAUACCGUAUGUCAGACGGACACUCAGAAAGUGUGGCCUGAGGCCUGAGGAUAUAGACUAAACACUGUCAACUUGUGUGUGAGCGAAUGAAAGAAGUGAAAGUUGUCCCCAAAAUCCAAUUCAAAGUAAAUAUUCCUCUACAAAGCAUGCAAGACUCAAAAGAGCACAAGCACAGUGUAAAAUGAUCGUAAAGGUUGUGCAUGCAGCUUCUGAUGUCAUACAUUGAGUCAGUAACUUUGUGUGACUGACAGUUCAACAUUAACUUAUAAUAAGUUGUAUAGAAUUUCCACCAAGGGCCAAA